AACCAAACCAAAGGGGGUAGCUUUUCCGUUGAGCGCCGGUGAGGGCAAGAGGAGGUUUGGACGUUUCAUUCAUUUAAAAACAAAUUCACGCUUAAAACAUUAAAAUCCAGAUACUAUGCCUUGUCGAAAGGAGAAUUACAUUCUUUUAGAGCAGUCUGUCACCGUGGACUCGAAAGAGGUGGACGCUCUAGUAACCAAAAUCGGCGAAGCAUUGCAGCUUCACAACAACAAUAAUACGAGUACUACCACUGCUGCUAAUCAGAAAACAGUGUCAUGUCUUCAUAGUAACAACAACCACUCCAAGCAGAGUAAUGCAGCGCUUCAAAAACGACCCGGCUGCUGUAUUCGACUCGGGAAUCGGGCUAAUCGAAACCGGGGGAGCCCGUAUUCAAUACCACAGGACACCAAUCAAGAGUGGGGGAGUUUGAGGACCUGGAAUCGAAAGAAAAUCGACGUUUCUCAGGAGGACGACCCCCACCAGCUUCUUCAGGAAUUGAUUUUGUCUGGAAACCUGAUCAAGGAGGCAGUGAAACGCCUUCAGCUCUCUGCGGCAGAACGUGCAGACCAUUCCACAUGUACCACCGGCGAUAAUCUGCAAUGGUAAUGAUGUGACAGCUAUAUACACCUUUUAAUUAAACCACCACCAACAACAACACCACCAACAAAACAUCGAAAGGACUGUCGCGUAAAAUUAAGAUUCCACCGGAACAUUUUUUUAAAACAAAAUACUACUUACUACCUGUGGUUUUUACAUUUUAUAACAUGCAAUUAAUAAAUUCAACCUUUUUAGAAACUGUUUUUAAUUAUUUUAUUUUUAUUUUUUUGUAAUCUUAUGUGUUCUUUUUUUUAAUGAAAUGUGUUUUUUUUUUUUUUUAAAGGACAUUUUAUGUACUGAUAUUUGUUACAAUCCUCUUGUAUUGUCGCGAAGGACUGAAACCUAUUUGUGGAGUGCAUUUCCUAUCAAUGGCGUGGCAGCUUCAUGUACAUUAUCUAUUGUAUCACACAAGCCUGCAUGUUUACGUGUACCCGAUGCCCUGCGGGACAUUCGGCUUUCUGUUAAACAUCAGUAACAUGUAUUCUGUUUAUGAAGUUUGAAAAUCGUUUCAGGUGAAAACAGCACUUGCUUGUUUACAUAGAUAAACAUAUGACCUUUUUGCUAGAUGAAGUUAAAUGGUAACCCAAGGUCGUUAUUAAUAAUAAUGCACGCCCCCUAGUUGGAUACGAAGACGAAGUUGUUUUGCAACCACUCAUUAAUGUGCAGCUCGGGAGAAUUGGCACUUCGGAAUGUCAACUGCUGGAGAGUCGGUUUCCCAAGAAUUACUACCAACUGUUCAGAAGUCAGUUGUUGUAGGACUGUCGUUUGUUGUGCUGUAACCGUGUUGAUUUAAUACAACCAAGACGGACCCACUUUUUUUUUUUUAAUAUCUCAUGAAUCCCGACGCGGAGUAAAUAAUUGUGUUUAUAUUAUGUACACUUCGUAACGAAGUAUUUCCACCUGUUUCCUGAUUGUCCAGGAUUUUCUGUCUUUUAAAUAAAAGUACAUUUUUGUUUGUGGUUUUA